GCUGAUGCUUUACACACGGGCUGAAUGCGGAGGGUGCAUGUGUGUGCAUGUCAGGCUGGGGAGGACGGGGCUGCAUGUUCAAUAGCUUGAGGGUGUUUUUACGAGCCCCUUUGGGUCAAAGAAACAAACUGUUUCCAAACAUCUCGGCAGUCAUCACCUGGGAUUGACGUGUAACUCGGUCAAGCAGAGGAAUGUGCCUGGCACUCAAGUCAUAGCCUGCACAGGCCAAUCUGCAGCAAGAUGGGCUCAGAGGAGCGCAGUUCAGCAAUGUCACAGAAGAUAUCUUCAGUGUCACGCAGCAACAGCAGCUCCUCGUCCAAACACGACAGCCGACAGGACAGCUGGGAAAUAGUGGAGGGCCUGCGUGGAGGCUUCAGCUCUGUCCUGGAGCCACAGAAACAGGAGGGCUAUCUGCUAAAGAAGAGAAAAUGGCCCAUGAAAGGCUGGCAUAAGAGAUACUUUUUCCUGGACAAGGGCAUCCUGAAAUAUGGAAAGUGCAGUACCGAUAUUGAGAAAGGGAAACUGCAUGGCUGCAUUGACGUAGGUCUCUCAGUCAUGGCAAUCAAGAAGAAAUCCAAAUGUAUCGAUCUUGAUGCAGAGGAAAACAUCUAUCACCUGAAGAUUAAGUCACCGGAGCUGUUUGAUGAAUGGGUGUCAAAGCUACGUCACCAUCGUCUCUAUCGGCAAAAUGAGAUUGCCAUGUACUCUAACGAGAAGUCCUUCUACUAUCCCCACUACCCCUCCCCCAUCUCACCAGGCAUGCCUGAGAGUGCCUCUGUCAGAAAGUGCAUAUCUGUACGAAGGCAGUCCACUGUGCCUUCAGCAGGAGCCGUUGCUUUAAGCUGCAGCAGCCAGGCCAAGGUCACAGCAUGGCUGCAGUCGUCUAAUGACAUGGACAAGUGCUCAAAAGAUUUGUCGGUCUGUGAGGCCCAUCUGCUGGAGCUCAACCACCUGCUUCAAAGUAUGGAGAUCCUUCACCGCACCUAUUCUGCUCCAUCAAUCCAAGCGCUGCAGGCAUCAACAUAUGACAGCCCAAAGAAGGAAAAGAGACUUCCAAAGAAAUGGCUCACUAAAAACUACAACAAAGACGUCAAAACAACUCUGCAGGUACCCAGCUGCAUCUCCUCUGGCUCUAUUCGCCUUCAUGCCUCUAACCCAAACCUCUCCAGCGCCGCGAUGGUCAAUGACAAGGUCGACACUGAAUCCCUGGAUUCCACUUUUGAUGUUGCCAAGCUGCAGGAGGACUUCUGCCGUGUUGCCACUAAUUUGCAUGCGACCAUGACAUCUGCUCUGAGUUCACUAACAUCUGAGAGAGAGAGACUAAAACAAUGUCUGGACCAUGAAACAUGUCCCCCUACCUCCCCGCAGGUUGUUGGUUUGAAGAACGCACUGUCAUCAAAACAAGCCUCCGUGGACGAAUCCCAUCCCCUCGUACACCAAGUGUCCAAUGAGAGCAGAGCUUCAAUCACAGAGUCUUUGUCUGAGUUCUUUGAUGCACACGAGGUUCUGUUGUCUGCUAGUUCUUCUGAAAAUGAGGCAUCAGAAGAUGACUCAAAUAUAAGUGACAUUAGUGACAAUAUUUCCAUUGACAACUUCAGCAACGAGACAGAAAGUGAGAGACCAAACUCAGGCCUUUGUCAGCGUAGAUCCUGUCUGCCCUCACCUUGCCCCAACAAUAGCACCAUCAGCCUGUGGAACAUCCUGAGGAACAAUAUAGGCAAAGACCUUUCUAAGGUGGCCAUGCCCGUCCAACUUAAUGAGCCGCUCAACACCCUGCAGAGACUGUGUGAGGAGCUGGAGUACAGUGAACUUCUCGACAGGGCUGCCAACACACACGACCCCUUUGAACGUAUGGUAUACAUAGCUACAUUUGUAGUAUCAGGCUAUGCAUCCAGCUACUACAGGACUGGGGGGAAACCUUUCAACCCCAUUCUGGGAGAAACAUAUGAAUGUGACCGGCCUGAUAAAGGCUUUCGAUUUGUUGCAGAGCAGGUCAGCCAUCAUCCACCAAUCUCAGCCUGCCACGCAGAGUCUAAAAACUUCAUCUAUUGGCAAGACGUGAGGUGCAAGAACAAAUUCUGGGGAAAGUCAAUGGAGAUUGUUCCUGUUGGUACCAUUCAUGUAGCUCUACCAGGAACUGGAGACCACUACGAGUGGAACAAGGUGACGUCCUGCAUCCACAACAUUCUUAGUGGACAACGCUGGAUUGAGCACUAUGGAGAGAUCUCCAUCAGAAACUCUGCCAGUGACAUUUGUCAAUGCAAGAUCACGUUUGUUAAGGCCAAGUACUGGAAUUCAAGUGUGAAUGAGAUUGAAGGAACUAUCACAGAUAAUAAAGGGAAGGUCACCCGAAGGCUCUUUGGAAAGUGGCAUGAAUCAGUUUUCUGUGGAGACCCGCCUUCAGCCACAUGCGUCUGGAGAGCAAAUGCAAUGCCAGUAGACCAUGAGCAGUACUUUGGUUUCACCAAGUUUGCUAUCGAAUUGAAUGAGCUCGACCCAUCCCUUAAACAGCUGCUACCGCCCACAGACACCAGACUACGAGUGGACCAACGACUGCUGGAGGAGGGGAACUUGGAGGCCGCGGAAGAGCAUAAACAGAGGAUUGAACAGCUGCAGAGAGAGAGACGGAGACUCCUGGAGGAGAGCAACAGUGUACAUCAGCCUAAAUUCUUCAGGAAGUCAAAGGAUGAUACCUGGGUGAGCAACAACACAUACUGGGAGCUGAGGAAGGAGACCAACUUUAAUCACAUGGAGAGUCCGACACUGUGGUGACACCCACACUACAGACUCCACACAUACGUUUAGACCUGCACAGCCUCUAAUGUGAUCAAGGCUGGUUCUGGAGAUUUCUGUAUCCCAGUCUUACCUUUCACAUUCAGUGCUGGUCACACUUUUUGCAAUUAAUAAAGUCAUUGCCUUAAUUGCAAGUGCUUCUAGAAGUUGUGUAAACAUUGUUUAUGCAAAGAUAUUGACAGAAUGUUGAUACAUUUUGUUGCCCAUGUUUUCACUGGAUAUAUUACAUUUUACUACUAAAACUGAGAAAGGAACAACUACAUGAUAUAAAGGGUAACAAAUCCUUAUCAUAACUGGUAUAUAUAAUCUUUGAAUUUAACAAACAACUGGUCACUUUAGCUGUUGUGUUAUCAUGGACAUUCUCUACCUCGGAGACAAACAAGCCUAGAUAUGCGAUGACCGUGUGUACAUAUCCAAACAUCCAAUAUUUAUUCUGCACCUGCCUGAUGCCUUACUCAUUGUACUCAUGAUGUUAAUCUGUUUUUUUCUGCACCUCCGAUAUCUUUUAAAAUGUUUUUUUAAAGGAAUUCAGCACCUAAAGACAGAUAUUUCAAACCAUACCUUUUUUGUUGGUCUCAUAACAAUCAUCUGUUUUUUUUGCUAAGACUUUGUGAAUGAUUGUGCAACCAUGAGCAGCAGUAGCAAACAUGAAAUCCAGCCUUUUUUUCCACUCUGUCCAUUGCUGAAUUGUGUACAUGGACCCUGGGCUUCGGGACCAAACAUGUCAAACCUUAUGUUACAAGAGCUCAAAUAAAAUAUCUGAUGCCUUUUUUCGCGAAGUCA